AUGUCUCUACAUGAUCAGCAAGUUUUAGAAAAAUUUGAGAGUAACAAACAAACGCGUCAAGAAUUGAAUGAGUUGUAUGGAAAAAAUUUCCUAGAUACGAGAGAAUUGUAUAAAAAUGCUGAACAGAUAAAAGAUUCACAAUCACGCCAAGAUUACGUGAAUACAUUACAUGGAUAUACGCGAGAUUUGCGUAAAACUUAUGGAACUAUUUUAGAGCUGAAUGAAAAGCAAAAACAACUCAACGAAAAAUUAGAUAAAGCAAAGAAAAAUGGAAAUCAUAAAGACAUAAACCGCCAAAUGUAUCAACAUUUAUUAAGACAAGUCGAAGAUAAAAAGCGUGCGCAACUCUCUAAAAGUCAGGCUAUAAUUGAGAAUGAGGCAUUAAUUCAGCCGCAUAAUUUAGCUACUAAUGUACAUGGAAAUUCUAUAUACGAGCUGAAUCAUUUUGGAGUUGGGUUAUUUCAUCAACCAGCUUACAACGAUGUUCCAUCAAUUCAUCCAAAUCAUGAAACUGGUUCGUAUUUUGGAAAUAAUCAUGGAAAUAAGCAAAAAGGGUUGAAACACCCUUAUGGAGAUUAUUCGACGCGUAAUCAUGGAGGCGGUCCUUCACAUCAUUAG